AUGGACAUCUUCGUUGGCGGCACGCCCGUCAACGAGACCAUCGCCAGCCUCUUCUCUUGCGACGCCUCGCCGCCGCCCGCCGACGAGGACUCGCGGGUGAGCAUCUUCUCCGUCAUUUACACGCUCAUCGUCUUCGUCGUGAAACUGUGUCGGGCCGCCGCGUUCGCCUUACUCUCAAUCAUGUACACGCUGGUCGCCUGCCUCGUGGACAUGCUCCGGGCCCUCGUCUUCACCCUCUUCUCACUCGCCUUCGACAUCGCGUGCACGCUGGUCUCACUCGCCUUCGACAUCGCGUGCACGCUGGUCUCACUCGCCUUCGACAUCACGUGCACGCUGGUCCCCUGCCUCGUCGAUUUGUUCCGCGCUGCCGCCGUCGCCUUCUCCGGCAAAGCGGCUGACGACUCGUCCUACCUGGGCAUCGCCCACUGUGGCCUCGCGAGCCGGCGCGAGUACCGCGACACCUUCCGGCCAUGGCCCGGAGGCCCACAUGGCGGCCGCCAGCUGAUAAGGAGUCUUCUGAAGCACAAGUGGCUCACGCCUCUCGCCUUCGUGUGCGCCAUCUACGCGCCCCCGCUUCUUGCGAUCGUGGUUCCGACGUACGCCCUCGUCAUCGAUCUGGCGCGCCUCGUCCUCUGGUUGGCGCGCCUCGGCAUCGAUCUGGCGCACCUCGUCCUCUGGCUGGGGAUGCUUCUCCUUCGCACGACAGUCGGCAUCAUCAUCGCCGUCCGCUUCCUGCCUCUGCUGCUCGCGUCGUCCUACUGCACGGCGUCUUUCCUCCCGCGUCUACCGGCUUGGGCAGUCCCCGCCUCCCUCGACGUCGCUGCCAGCUUCGCCUUCGCCUACUUUGCGGGCUGGCUUCUGCACCGCCGCAUCCCGAAGCUUGCGAUGCCGCUGCUGGUGCAGGUCCUCGGCGUGCUCGGUGGCGUCGCAGCCGAGGAUGGCGAGGCGAGCGCAGCAGCGGGAGCAUCGGCGCUGGCAACGGCGGGUUGGGUCCUCGGCUCGUUGCACAGCGUGCUCGCCUCGGGGAGCAGCGGCGCGUCCGCAUCCAGCAGCAGCGGCGCGUCCGCAUCGAGCAGCAGCGGCGCGUCCGCAUCGAGCGGCGGCUCCGUGCGUGGCGGUGCGGCGCGCCAUGUUGCCAAGCGGCGAGAGCGAUGGGCCGCGGCCGAGGCAGCAAAGGUCCUCGCCGCGUGCGCGAGCCAAGACGACGUGGUGAACGCCAUCAAGGCGGGGAAGAAGGGGACGACGGUGCCCGAGGCGAUGAAGCAAGGCCUCCCUCUCUACCACAUCACCCCGACGGCCGUUGACCGCCCGGGCUGGACGCUGCCCGCCUUCUCCCGUGACGAGAUCCCGCUCUUCGAGCGUCGCGGUCGACGGACUUUCCUCGAGCCGCUGUCCCCGUCGAAGGCCGGCGUCGACCGCAGCCGACUCGGCAGCAACUUGGACCACGAGGACAAGCGAGUCUGGGUGGCCGGCUCGCUCGAGGAUGCGCUGCUCAAGGUGCGGCGGCGAGAGGGCAAGAAGCAUGACUUGUCGAGGGCAUCGCCAGCGUACACCAUCGUGAUGAUCUUCCCGUCGCACCCGCUGUACCGCACGUUCGACAACGCCCUCACCACCGCUUGCGCAAACCUCGGCGAGGGCGGGUCGUCGCUGCACCCGAUCCUAAUCGACGACCUCGGCGCCGGCCAGCCUGUCCUCGGCAUCGGCCUGGUGGAGCUCUCGAUGGCCGGCGGGGCGACGGCGCGACCGUGGAUGGUCGACGCGAUGACGGACGCCGUCGAGGACGCCGUGGGCGCGACCGGGCUCACCGGCUGCUACUUCCACGUCUCUCCCCACACGCUCGACGGAGUGCGCGAGCGGUGGUGGCACUGGGGGCGGAGCCGUGCCUUCAACAAGAGACCAAACGGCGAGACGUACAUCGAAGCGGACACGCUGUCGCACGUCGACGCGGCCGCACGCGCGCUCGGCAGCAGCUCGCUCAACCACGACCCCACCUUUGGCUGGUGGUCGACCUCGCUCUCUCGCGCGCUCAAGCACGUCGUGUCUCGGGAGCGCAACGCCAAUGUCUCAAAGUACACGGUCGCCAUCAUCUUCCCGGCGCACGUGAUGCACGAGACGUUUGACAACUUCUACUCGGCCAUCUACGCCAACCUCGGCUUCGAGGGCAUCGUCACAAUCCACCCCGUCCUGAUUGACGCGCCAAAGGGGGCGAUCGACGGCCUCAUCGUCCUGGAAGUGACGCUGCCGAGCGACGUCGAGCCAACGUCGACGGCGACGGUGCGCCGCUCGCGCCCUUGCGUCGGCGUCGCGUGGCGGCGGGGCUUUGGCUCCUUUGACGCGUGGUUUGGCGGGCCGGGCGGGCUGCUCGACGGCCUCAGGGCGACGCUGGCGCCGGAGUCCGUCGCAGCUCUCGAGCCGAGCAUCGAGGCGGCCACCACCACGCACCCGCUGCUCUUCCACGUCGUCCCCAAGCGCUGGGCGGACCUCAACCCUUCGGACAGGCUCGAGGCGCGCUCGCUGCGCUCGCCCGAGAUUGAGGCGAUGCUGUUCGAGGGCAAGGCGCCACAUGGCAACGUGCAGCGGCUGCUGUGGGUCGGCAAGGCGCUGCGAGGGGUCCUGCUGCACGUGAUGCGCUCCGGCCCGCCGCCCGAGGCGUGGACCGUCGUCGCGAUCGACCCGACGCAUCCCGACUUCUUCAAGUCCAAAUCGGCGUGGGGAGGGAACGGCCGCUUCCGCACCUCGAGGUCGCCGCUGCGGCUUGGGAGCUCGGGCCUGCUCGUCUUUGAGGUUACCCGCGCGGCCGGGAGGGGCGACGGAGGCGCGCCAAGGCUGCGCGUCGAAGUGAUGGUCGAGCGCUUGGCGAGUGUGGAUGACGUGAACGCGGCGCUGGAGAAGCAGCGGACGGAGGCGUCCGCGGGCAGUCUCGGCCUCAGCGAUGACCAGUACGCGCGCAUGGUGGAGAGGUCGAAGGACGGAAAGGGAGGGUCUACGCUAGAGCAGUGGCUGCUGGAUGCCGACUUCCGGGACGCGCUGCUCGGCCUCGGCAACCUGCUCGGCGGGCCGGACAUGCUGCCGGAAGUGAUGUGCAACACGCUGCCUGCUCAUCUCCUCGAGCCCCGCUUCCUCGACGCGGUGAUCGAGCUCGCCGAGGAGGCGGGCGGGAUCGACACGCUGCCGAAGCUCAUGUGCUCGGGCCUGGCCUCCAAUCUUCUCAAGCCCGGCUUCGCCGACGCGGCGCUCGAUCUCGCGGAGAGGGCGGGCGGGAUCGACACGUUGCCGCAGAUGAUGUGCGACGGCCUCGCCGCCAACCUCCUCAAGCCCGGCUUCGCCGACGCGGCGCUCGAUCUCGCGGAGAGGGCGGGCGGGGUCGACCAGCUGCCGGGCAUGAUGUGCGGCGGCCUGGCUGCUCGCCUCAGCAACACUGACUUUACCGACGACCUCCAUGCCAUCCUCGACAUUGCUGAGCGCCUCGACAGCGCCUCGGCGGGCGCGUCUCGCAAGCGCAAGCGGACAGACAUCGACGCGUCGUACACGCUGAUGCGGCUCGUACACCGAGAUUCGCCCUUUUUUGACUACAUGUCGUCGAUUCGCGAACGCCUCGAGGGGCUUGGCAACGACGAAGAGUGUAGAGAGUGCCUGCGAGGGCUCGCGGGUGAGAGGUCGAAAAAGCGCGAGACCGUCAAGCAGUGGGGCCUCGUCUCUUCCAACUACCUCUCGAUGCACCGCCAGUCCGAGGCCGCCGAGGGCGGCGGUGGCGCCGGCAAGCGCAAGGCCGCCGGAGGCGCGUCGGGCGGCGGCAAGCGCGCCAAGCCGCAGUGGGCGGUGGGCCAGCUUGUGGAGGUUCAGGGCGACUGCGGCUACAAGGGCUCGUGGUGGCCGGCGAAGAUUCGGGAGAUCGCCCCUCCACCCAAGCAGUCGGCCACGGUCGUCUACUCCUACAACGGCACGGACCUCGACACCGUUGCGAAGCGUCGCUUGCGCCCGGCGCCUGAGGUGGCGCCGCCACUCGCGGAGAAAGAUCUGGGGGUGGGGAGUGAGCUCGAGUUCUUUUGGAAGGACGAAGCAUGGUGGGAGAUUACGGUGACUGGGAUCCGCUGCGACGGCGCCAUCCGCGUCUUGUGCUGUUCGGGGGCGAACGAGUACAAGCACUUGAUCGAGAGGGGAGACGUCGCCAGGCUGCUUCGGCGGCGCACGGCAUGA